AUGGGAAAAUGGUCUUUGAUUAGAACAAAGUUCUCAGCUCUUCAGACUCACAUCUCUGAUCUCUCCUCCGCUGCCAAUGACAACCCUCUCUCGGCGGACCUUCUCCGGUCACUCUCCGCCGCCAUUUUCGACGGGCUGUCUCUUCAGUUCGUUGCCACAACCCCAACCCUCCCCAGAGGGAAGCUUAAGACGCAGAAUGACAUCGACUCCUUGCUCGCAAAAAUCGAUAGCCUUAGCAGGGACCUCGUGGUUCUUAUCAAGAGCGGCGUUCUCUGCGAAAACGACGUCGUUUGGUUGAGUAGUUAUUCGAAGAGGGAGACGAUUAGGGCGGAGACGACGAAUCUGAUCACUCGGCUCCAGAUCGGGACCACUGAGUCAAAAAACACGGUGCUCGACUCACUCCUCGGACUCUUGUAG